AUGGAACCAGACAACCAAACGGAAGUGAAUGCAUUCCUCCUGAGUGGGCUGCCAAACACAGCACAACUCCCCCUCCUAUUCUUCCUCAUCUUCUUGGUCAUCUACUUACUGACAGUGCUGGGGAACCUUCUUAUCCUGUUCACCAUCUUGUUUGAACCCCAGCUUCAUGGCCUGCCCAUGUAUUUCUUCCUCUGCAAUCUCUCCUUCCUGGACACUUGCCUCUCCUCUGUCACUGUGCCCAAAAUCUUGGCCGGUUUCAUAGUGUCGAGCUACAGAACCAUCUCCUUUGGAGGCUGCGUCAUCCAGCUCUAUGCUUUCCACUUCCUGGCGAGCACUGAGUGUUUCCUCUAUACUGUCAUGGCGUACGAUCGCUAUCUUGCCAUCUGCCGUCCCCUGAACUACGCCACACUAAUGAAUAGGAGGAUCUCCUCUGGCCUUGCAGCAAGUACGUGGUUCACUGGUUCCUUCCAUGCCGCAAUACAUACCAGCCUAACUUUCCGACUGUCCUACUGCGGUCCUAACCAAGUUGACUAUUUCUUUUGUGACAUACCCCCAGUGCUAAAGCUGGCCUGUGCUGACACAUCUGUGAACCAUACUGUCAUAUUGUCCAACAUUGGUGUGGUGGCCGUUGGAUGCUUUGUACUCAUAUGCAUCUCCUACGCCUACAUUGCAUCCGCCAUUUUGAAAAUCCAAACCAGGGAAGGGAGACAUCGGGCCAUCUCCACAUGCAGUGCUCACCUUACAGUGGUGCUACUAUACUAUGUCCCUCCAGUCUUUAUAUACAUGCGCCCAUCUUCAAGUGACAGCACCCAUGGGACGCUGGCCGUGUUCUACACCAUCAUCACUCCAAUGUUGAACCCAUUCAUCUACACACUGAGGAACAAGGAAGUGAAAAGAGCUUUGAGGAAACUGUUUGAUAGGCACAUUGUUUCUCAAGAUAGAUAG